AUGGUUUUUCAUGAUAGUCGAAAUAAAUUAUUACGUUUAAUACAUGGCCGAAAUUCAAUUGUAACAUUUAAGAGAUGUCAUAAACUCAUUGGCCCUUUUCAUAAUUAUUCCUCUGUAUAUUUAGAAGAAGAAGAUGUUGGUAUUAAUCAUUUUAUGAGUGAUUUAUUAGAUAUAGAAAAAAAUGAAAAAAUAAAAGGAGAAGAAAAAAUGAAUAAAAUUGUUAAUGUAGAAAAAGGAAAGGAUAAUCUAGAAUGCGUCUUUAAAUAUAAGUGUGAAGAUUUUCACGUUUAUGAAAUUAAUAAGAAUCGAAAUGUUUUAAAUUUAAAAUAUAUAAGAGAUAAAUUAAUAAGUGAUAAGUUAAAAAGUAACGAAUAUGAAAAUUAUAAGAAGAAUGAUAUGCUAAUAUAUUUGAAUGAAUAUGAUAAAUCAUUACAAGAUAAUAUUUUAGAAAAGAAUUAUAAAGAAAAGGAAGGAAAAAUAGAUAAUAAUUUGAAUAUAUCAUAUAAUAAUCAUUCAAAUGAAGAGUGUUUACAUUUUAUUUUAUACAAAGUUAAUAAAGAUACUCAAGAAGCAAUAAGAGAAAUUAGUAAAGUGUCAGGGAUUCCAAUUACAAGUUUUCAUUAUUCAGGUUUUAAAGAUAAAAGAAGUGUUUCUACUCAAAUAAUAUCAACUAAAUUAAAUUACUUAAAAGAACUAAAUAAUUUAAAAGAUUAUUAUAUAAAUAAAAAGAAUAAAACGUUAUUAAUAUGUAAUAUAGAAAAGGUGAGAGAUAAAAAAAAAAUUGAAUUAGGAGAACAUUAUGGAAAUAAGUUUAUAGUAGUAUUAAGAAAUGUACAAAAUAAUGAAGACUAUUUAAGAGAUAGAUUAAAAUAUAUAAAGAAAUAUGGAUUUAUUAAUUAUUUUGGUAUGCAAAGGUUUGGUAUAUAUAAAAAUACAUUUAAUAAAGGUAGGGUACUUAUAUCAAGAAAUUAUAAGGAAUAUAUAAAUUAUGUCUUAGAUCCCCAUAUUUUUGAAAAACGACAAUAUUGUGGAAAUCCUAUUAAAGAUAGUAUAAGUAUAUAUAUGAAAAAAGCAUGUGAACUGUAUCAUAAAAGAGGAAAAGAUGGAGAUAGAGUAAAGAACGCAUCAGUUGCAUUUCGUUAUAUUACUCAUAAGAUGAAUAAAUUAUUUGCAAAAAUAAGAGAACGUGAAAAGGAAUCACCCCUAAUGAUACAUUUCAAUAAUAAUAAUAAUAAUAAUAAUAAUAAUUGUAGUAAUAAUAAUAGUAGUGGUAGUAUACAAUAUAAAAACCAAAAUAAUAUUAAUACUAAUAUUAAUGUUAAUAGUCAUAUAAAUAGUAAGAGUAAAAAUUUUGUGGAUCAUAAAUAUCUGUUUUCUUAUAUGACAAAUUCGGAAUAUGAAGCUUUUAUUCUUCUUCGAAAUUUAUACCUAUUCGAAAAAAAUAAAAAAGACAUGAAUAAUAUAUCAUUGAAUGAAAUGGAUAAAAAAGAUAAUUUGGAUAAUUUAAAGGAACAACAUGAUGAUAAUAAUUUUUAUAUAAAUAAAAUAAGAUGUAUUAAAGGAAUAAGUAUGGAAACAAGACGAUUUCAUAUGCAUUCUUAUAGUGCAAAAAUUUUUAAUUUAUUAACAUCUUAUAGAUUAUAUAAUUUUGGAAUAAUAUUAACUAAAGGUGAUUAUAUAAUUACUAAAGAAAAACAAACACAAUUAAAAGAAUUAAAAAAUCAGCAUAAUUAUAUAACUAUAUAUGACGACGAAACACAUAACGUUAAUAUACAUAAUGUUGUUUUACCAGUUCUUGGUACCAUGUCGCCUAGAUUAUCAUAUUUAAAUAUAUUUUUAUCAUUCUAUAGAAAAUAUUAUAUGAAGAAUGUGAGAUUAGUUUUUAUGGAAAUAUUAUUUUAUUUAAUUUAUAUAUUAUAUGAAGAUAAUUUAUUUAGACCUAAAGAAAAUGUAGUUAAUAUAUUUCUAAAAAAUUUAAAAGAAUGUGUAUUUUCAAGAGAAAAAAAAACUAAUAAAGUUAUGAUUAAUGAAUCAAUACAAAUAUUUUGUAAAGAUAUUUUAUUUAAAAAAUAUCCCAUUAAAAAUAUAUUAUAUUUGAUAAAAGUAUUUGAUAACUAUAUAAAUUCCUUUGAAUAUGAAUAUGGAAUGACAUGUGUUUUUAGAAAUAUAAUUGUAUUACCAAAAAAUUUAUAUUUCUCAUUUACUAAAUAUAAUGAACCAAAAGUAAAAUUUGUUCAAGAUUUAUAUUUAAUAAACUUACAAAAUAAAAAGGAUCUAUUUAAUAUAGAAGAAAAUAAUGAAAAUAGUAAAAAUUUUAAAAAUUAUACAAUGAUAAACGAUCAUAUGAGGUAUGAUAAAAUUUUGACAAAAACACAAAUUAAUAUACAAGAGGAUGCAAAAGAUAUAUAUAGUAAAAAUGAUACUUUGUUAUAUAACCAAGAUGAUUUUAAAAAUAAUAUAAAUAAACGAAAACAAAAUGUUAUAUAUAAUUAUAAUGCUCUGAUAUUAAGCUUUAGUUUAUAUUCUUCAUCUUAUGCUACUAUGUUGAUAAGAGAAUUGUAUGGAAAAAAAAAUGAGUUGUUAGUGCAUAAUCUCAUAAAAAAUUGUAAAAAAUAUGAUAAAAAAAUAAGAGAUUCAAAAUGA